AUGUCGAUGGCAACUUUCAGUGGAAAACGGUACUUCGUGACAUUCAUUGAUGACAAGUCAAGAUACUGUGUCGUCUAUCUGCUCAAGAGCAAAUCUGAAGUUGCGGCGAAGUUCAUGGAAUACGCUGCGAUGGCCGAAACGCAAACCGGAAAGCGCGUGAAGUACCUUCAAAGCGACAAUGGGGGUGAAUACAAGUCCGACAAGCUGGCACGAUUCUGCGCGGAACGGGGAAUACAACAAAGGUUCACACCCCCAUAUACUCCUCAGCUAAACGGAGUAGCUGAGAGAAUGAAUCGCACGCUGGUCGAGUGUGCGCGUUGCAUGAUGGAACACGCUGGACUGGGAAAGAGCUACUGGGGUGAAGCAGUGAUGACGGCGAUGUUUCUUCGAAACCGCUGUCCAACACGUGCCAUUCACCAAGACAAGUCUCCAUAUCAAGUGUGGACGAUGAAGAAACCGAUUCUGGCCAACCUUAAAGUGUUUGGAUGCCACGCGUAUGUUCAAGUGCCUCAAGACAAACGCGCAAAGUUCGACUCCAAGUCAUCACUCUGUCGUUUCCUGGGAUACGCCGAACACCAGAAGUCAUAUCGAUUUGAGGAAGUGUCAACAGGAGCGAUCAAGAUCAGUCGCGAUGCCACAUUCAUGGAAGACAAGUUUGAUGAAGGUCCGCGCAACUACAACGAUGAGUCAAGUGUCGUUGAGUUUGAUGAUCAUGAUGAGGACGAAGAAAAAGAAGAAGGUAAAACUGACGACGACAUGGACUCGAGCGACGAUGACAACGAAGACACCAGGUCUUCGAAGAGCAACAUCAAGAGACACACGCGCACUCAAUCACUUGAGAAAGCUACCGUCAUUCCAAGUCCCAAGCGAAGAACAUACAGAGGUCCGUCGCUUGAGCAUGUUGGGGAAACGCCGACUACAUUCAAGUCGGCGAUGGAAUCAAGCGACUCCGGCAAGUGGAAAGAAGCGUGUGACUCGGAGUUCGAUUCGCUUCAGAGAAACGACACGUGGGAAAUCGUGCCUCUUCCGAAAGGUCGCAAGGCCAUCGGGUGCCGAUGGGUUUUUCGUGUAAAGGAGAAUCAAGAUGGCGAAGUUGAACGUUUCAAGGCAAGACUUGUGGCCAAAGGAUUCUCACAGAAAUUCGGAGUUGACUAUGAAGAAACUUUCGCACCGGUGGCCAAGUUCACAUCGAUUCGUGUGGUGCUCAGUAUGGCGGCCAAGUACGGCCUAAUGCUACAUCAGAUGGACGUCAAGACAGCGUUUCUUAACGGCUCCCUCAACGAAGACAUCUACAUGGACCAGCCGGACGGAUACCUGGAUGCAACACAGCCGGACUAUGUGUGCAAGCUAAAGAGAUCACUCUACGGCUUGAAGCAAUCGCCUCGCAUGUGGAACCAAACAAUCGAUGGGUUCAUGAUCAAGAUGGGAUUCAAGAAGUGCGAAUCGGACCACUGCAUCUACAUCAAGCGAGACGACCAAGACAUGAUUCUCGUGGUGCUCUACGUCGAUGAUCUCAUCCUGGCCAGCAGCAACAACGAACUACUCAAGUCGACAAAGAUGGCGCUGAGCAAACGCUUCGAAAUGACGGAUCUCGGUGAGCUCGAUUACUUUCUCGGCAUGGAGAUCAAGAACGACCGUAAGACGGGAAUGGUGACUGUACAACAAACCAAGUUUCUCAAGUCCGUGUUAACCAAGUUCGGAAUGGAUAGCAGCAAGCCAGUGAAGACGCCUCAAGAUCCCGGCCUGAAGCUAACCAAGAACAUGUGUGAACAAGAAUGCAAGCACGAAGACACCAUGUGCAACGUGCCAUAUCGAAGUGCUGUCGGAGGCAUCAUGUAUCUCAUGGUCGCCACACGUCCGGAUCUAGCUGCUGCAGUGGGAUCAUUAUCCCAGUUCUCGUCCGACCCAUGCCCGACUCACUGGCAAGCUUUGAAGCGUGUGCUGAGAUACCUGCAAGCAACGCCCAAUCACGGUCUUGAGUUUACACGUGAAGAAGGAAGCCGUAUCUGCGGUACACCGACGCAGACUGGGCCGGCGACAUUGAGUCAAGACGAAGUACAAGCGGCUAUGUGUUCAUGA